AUGUUAUUUUUAAUAAUAUAAACUCAAAAUUCCUCAUUUACACUAAAAUCUGUAUCUACAUAUUUUGAAAGUCUAACAAAACUCAAAUUAUCCUUCUUAAUAUCAGAUUAUUUAACAGAUAAUCAUAUAAAACAAAUAAAGAAUGAUAUUCAUCUAAAACUAUUAUUAAAGUCUUCCAUAUUUCUUGAUUUAAUGAAAUUAUAUGCUCCUAUAAUAGAUAAUAUUUUAAAAAAUGAAUUGAGCUGUUCCACAAAGAAAUAAGAAUUUUUGAAAUCCACAAAUACUUCAAGGAACACAAAAUUAGUUCGAAUUUGUCAAUUUCUUCAUGUUGUACUUUUAAAUAAAUCGAGUUUAAGAGAUUAAAAAAUGAAGUUGAAAUUGUUGGAAACGAGUAAUAAGAAAUUAAUAUCCAGUCAUUUGUCAAAUAAACUGUUUUCUCCAAAAUGA